AGGGUGGCAGCACUGCAGCAGUAAAAGAUGAUAGCUACCGUUUAAAACCCACGAAGAAGAAAACCAAAACAUCCAUUCUAUCUUUAGAUUUUUACAAAACAUUUUCUCAUGGACCGCCUUGCAUCUUUUGGAAAUGAUCCUUUUGAUAAACCACCUUGCAGAAGCUGCUCAUCUUAUCUCACUGAGCCAUACAUCAAGUGUGCAGAAUGUGGACCCUCACCUUUCUUACUCUGCCUCCAGUGCUUCACAAAGGGAUUUGAAUAUAAGAAGCAUGAGAGUGAUCAUAAGUAUGAAAUCAUGACAUCAGACUUUCCUGUGUUGGAGCCAGGAUGGACGGCGCAGGAGGAGAUGUCUCUGUUAGAGGCGGUCAUGGACUGUGGCUUUGGAAACUGGCAGGAUGUGGCUUAUCAGAUGCGCACCAAAACCAAAGAGGAAUGUGAGAGCCACUACAUGAAGAAUUUCAUCAACAACCCGCUCUUUUCCUCCACCUUACUGAGCCUACGCAAAACAAAAGACUCUCGCUUUGCAGAGGGUGCUAUUCCCUUCAAACCCUCAGAUGAUCCUCCUCGGCCCACAUUUGACUCUGUGCUGUCUCGAGAUAUGGCUGGAUACAUGCCGGCCAGAGCAGACUUCAUGGAGGAGUUCGACAACUACGCAGAAUGGGAUUUAAAAGACAUCGACUUUGUGGAUGAUGACUCAGACAUCCUACGUGCUCUCAAGCUUUCUGUUGUCGACAUAUAUCAUUCGAGGUUAAAGGAGAGGCAGCGGAGGAAAAAGAUAAUCCGAGACCACGGCCUGAUCAACCUGAGGAAAUUCCAGAUGCUGGAGCGAUGCUACCCAAAGGAGGUCCAGGAGCUGUAUGACGUCAUGAGACGAUUUGCCAGAGUGGUUGGACCGAUUGAACACGACAAAUUCAUCGAAAGCCACGCACUGGAGUUUGAGCUGCGCAGAGAGAUCCGCAGGCUGCAGGAGUACAGAAAAGCCGGGAUCAAGUCUUUCUGCAGUGCAAAGGUGUACGAGCGGGCGAAGCGAAUGCGGGAGGACGAGCGGAGGAAGCGGACCAUGUUGUGUGACGUGCUGCAGUACAUCCAGGACAGCCGAGCGUGCCAUCAGUGGCUCAGCAAACAGGCUGCAAUAGAUGCCGGCAUCACUCCAGCUGUCACAACAAUCACAGUGUCAGCGACAGGUAGACGGAGCGCUCCUCCUCUUAACCUGACCGGGCUGCCAGGGACGGAGAAACUCAACGAGCGAGAGAAAGAGUUAUGCCAGGUGGUGCGUCUGGUGCCGGGGGCUUACCUGGAGUAUAAGCAGGCUUUGCUGAACGAGUGCAGACGGCAGGGCGGGCUGCGUCUGGCACAGGCCCGGGCGCUGAUCAAGAUCGACGUGAACAAGACACGCAAGAUCUACGAUUUCCUCAUCAAAGAGGGAUACAUCACCAAGGCCUAGCUGACCACUGCGGAGGGGGGGGGGGGGGUCGUGGUUAGUGGUUCUUUUCUUUUCUACUCUUGUAACACUGUGAGCCUGUGUUUUCUAAAAGUCCAAUGUUGCUGCUUCUUUGAUUUUUUGUAACAUUUAUAAACUUUGUUUGUGUUUUUGAGUCUUAAAAUAACCAGCAACGUAGACGUACAGAGGGCUCUUAAAAACAUAUGGAUGUAUUUAUUUCUCCUGUCAUAAAAUUAUAAUGGAAAAAAAAAGUUCUAUUGUGUUUGUCAAUAUUUUUACUCUUUUAGAUGUUUACAAAGAGUUCUCAGAGGGGUCCUUGUACUAUACCUGCACUCAACACGCUUAAGCCCCUGAUCGACUCACAGCAAAUUAAUUUUGUCACAGUUACUUUACCUUGGGUUUAGUUGAAAGAGUCAGAAUUAGCCAAAUUGUAUUUUUCUUCUAUAAAGUUGCAUCAAAAAAUAGCUUUAAAGGUGAAACAGCAGGAACGGGAAAAUAUUAAGCUACCAGUUAUGAAACAGAGAAACUGCCUGCACCUAGCUGUACUGCACAACGGCUAUGUGGAAUGUUAACUAAACAAGAGUGUCCCUAUUUUU